UCCGCCCCAUGGCGCGGGAGCGCGGCGGGCCCCUCCUGGCCCAGCUGGCCCGGCUCGCCCGGCUCCUGGAGCUGAGCUGCGACCUGGAGGAAGACUGCAGCCGCGUCGCCCGCGGGUUCGAGUCCUGCCGCCAGAGGUGCUGCCGCCUGGGACUGGACCUGCGCCGGGCCCGCGAGCAGCUGCUGGCGGCGGAGAGCGAGUGCUCGGCGCUGCGCGUGAAGCUCCAACACGCCCGCAACCAGGUGGAGGUGGAGAUGGGGAAGCGGCACCGGGCCGAGGCCGAGCUGGAGAAGCAGGAACGGAAGCUGCAGCUGAUCUUCGACUUCCUGAUGCAGGAAUCCCCCAGCGUGGCCUUGAGUGAGGGGCAGCGCUCGGCCCUGGCCCUGCUGGAUGGGCCCCGGCUGGGCACGGUCCUGGCGCCAGGGAGCAGGCUGUCUGCAGUGGACGAGUCGCACACCUCGCUCACGUCCCAUUCCGACAUCAGCUACGACCGCACCGAGGACGACGUGGACUUGGACGUGACGGUGGUGAAACCUCUGAAGCGCAAGUCCCAGGAGCGCCCGCGCUUGUCUCUGGCCCCCCUGAUCGGCCCCGUGGUCCCAGCAAAGCGUUCGCGAACCCCCCACCCAGCCACCAGCGCGAGUGAGCCCCCAGGGACCCUCCCAGCGGGGGCCGUUGCUGAAGACCGGGGCCAGGACCGGAGCCUGCUGCCCGCGGCCGUGGUGCCAGUGCUGGGUCGACGCUCGCGCCAGGGCCGACGCCUCUCCACACUCACAGAGCUGACCACAGUGUGGGGGAGCAGUGAGGACUCAGACACCCGCCUGGAGAGUGGGGCAGGGCUGGAGCCCAGGGGACUGGACCCCUUCCCCUCCCCCCCGCAGGGGGUGCCACCGCCCCAGCACCUCUUCACUUCCAAAACGGUGAUCUGCCCCGAGUCCUGCUCCGUCUGCGGCUCCCGCGCCCGCUUUGGGCGGGCGGUGCUGCGGUGCCGGUGGUGCCGCCUGCUGCUGCACCCUGAGUGCCGCGGGCGCUGCCCCAGCCUGUGCACCCCGGGCCCCCGGCCCCAGCCCCGGGAGGUGAGUACUGGGGGGACUGGCGGGGUCCCUGGCCCGGCCCCUCCCUCACCCUGUCCCCUGCUGCAGGGCGUCCUGGCCGACUUCGCGCCCCCCGUGGCCCCCCUGGUGCCCGCCCUGGUGGUGCAGUGCGUGAGCGAGGUGGAGCGCAGGGGCCUGACGGAGACAGGGCUGUACCGGGUGCCCGGCGCGGAGCCGCUGGUGCGGGAGUGGAAGCAGAAGCUGCUGCGGGCCAAGGGGGUGCUGCCCUCGCUGGGCCGCGUGGGCGACGUGCACGUGGUCUGUGGGGUGCUCAAGGACUUCCUGAGGGGCCUCAAGGAGCCGCUGGUCACCUUCCGUCUGCACCCCCUCUUCCUGCGGGCCGCUGACAUCCCGGACGAGGCCGCCUGCCAGGCAGCCCUGUGCCACGUGGUGAGCAAACUGCCCCCUGCCAACCGGGACACGCUGGCCUUCCUCGUGCUGCACCUGCUGAGGGUCGCUCAGAGCCCCGACUGCAGGAUGGACGAGCUGAAUCUGGCCCGCGUCUUCGGGCCCACACUGGUGGGGCACGGCACGAGCAGCCCCACACCCCUGGCCAUUCUGGAGGACACGCCGCAGCAGUGCAAGGUGAUGGCUCGUCUCCUGUCGCUGCCCCCCGAGUUCUGGAGGCGCUUUGUGGGCAUGGAGCUGGAGAACCUGGUGCCCACGGCCGCGAGCGACCCCCUAGCCCUGAACAAACAGGGCAGGUGCUGGGCUCCAGGAAGACGGGCCGGUUCUUCCCCUCCCUGCUGUAGGCCCUGGACGGCUCCCCCCAUGGCUCCGAGGGGGAGGGAAUGGGCAGCCAGGGGGCAGGGACAGCGUCUGAGCUUGGGGUGGGACCUGGGGGGCAGGCGCCAGCACUCGCUGCACGGGUGCUGGAGGGAAUAUGCAGCAAAGAUGUGGGUCCCUGCCCCAGGGCAGGGGCUGGGCUGGGCUGAGCUGGGGGUCUGGCUCCCCCAUGCCUGCUGUCCUGGGGAGCAGCAUGAUGAGGGGGGAGCCAGGGUCUCCCAGCUGUCCCAGGGGUGGGUGAGGAGCACAGAGCACAUGGAGCUGGGGGCUGAUUCCUAUUAAAUGCUUGUGCAGA